GUCGGCUAAAAGGGACCGUUAGAGCCGCUGAGUGUGACAGACGGCUUUGGGAGAGCGGAGCUGCUUUGUGUAGAAAUUUCAUUUUAAACACUUCUGCUUUUUACAAAACCUAUAUUAUUUUACUAUAUAUAUAUAUAUAUAUAUAUAUAUAUGGAAUGAGUUGCGUCUUUAUAGUAAGGAAUUUGUUUUUAUACGGUUUAAUCUGAGACGAGGAGAAUUCUGAGCUGGAUAGCAGGACCGCUGAGCUGAUUGGUGACGUGAUCCUGCCAUGCGUGAAUACAAGCUUGUGGUGUUGGGCUCUGGAGGUGUGGGCAAGUCCGCACUGACAGUACAGUUUGUCCAGGGCAUCUUUGUCGAGAAGUAUGAUCCCACAAUAGAAGACUCGUACAGAAAGCAAGUGGAAGUGGACGGGCAGCAGUGCAUGCUGGAGAUUCUGGACACAGCCGGCACGGAGCAGUUCACGGCGAUGAGAGACCUGUACAUGAAGAACGGCCAGGGCUUCGCUCUGGUCUACUCCAUCACAGCGCAGUCCACAUUUAACGACCUGCAGGAUCUCCGAGAACAGAUCCUGCGAGUAAAGGAUACGGAAGACGUGCCGAUGAUUCUGGUUGGUAACAAGUGCGAUCUGGAGGAUGAGCGAGUGGUGGGAAAGGAGCAGGGACAGAAUCUGGCUCGGCAGUGGAACCACUGUGCCUUUUUAGAGUCCUCGGCAAAAUCGAAGAUCAACGUCCUCGACAUCUUCUAUGACUUGGUCAGACAGAUAAAUAGAAAAACGCCAGUGGAAAAGAAGAAAGCGAAGAAGAAAUCCAACUGUGUGCUCCUGUAGUGUCUCCUCCCCCUCCUCCUCCUCCCUACAGCACCUCAGAGCCAGAACGCUGUAAUGAAGAACCCCGUGUUGCCCUGUUUGGAAGGGUUUUGCCAUCCUCAGCGAGCGAAUCUACGGAUCCAGCUGAACUGAACUCGAAGAAAUCAUGUGGAGUCGAUGUUUUUGUUUUUUUUUGUUUGUUUUUUGAUUCCUGAACGUCUGAGGAGAAACGUUCAUCCAUCAGUAUUCCUCAGGAACGCCCAGCAUGAUAUCUUCCGUACAAAAUACAAAUCCAACAAUAAACACACUUCCAUUUCACGUUGAAACCAAACCAACUUUAACCACUAGAGAACCCACAAAUGACUUGGUAUCAAAGUAAGGACUUUAUACGGGGAAAAAGGCUUCAUCCUCCGACGGCAAAGAAAAGAUUUUUAGGGGGAUUUGGAAGGAAAUAACUGCAUAACUGUGACCCAUAAUUUGAUCUCCUAAUAUUUCAAUACCUAAAGAUUUAACUCUUUAUUUUUUUUUGUCUUUUAAAACGAUUUCCAGUCGCAUUUCAGGAACUAAUUAUCCCUCUUUCUUCUUUUUCUUCUUCUUCUUCUUCUUCUUCUUAUUAAUAAUAUUAUUAUUUUAAUCUCAGCAUCAGCAUGAGUAAAUGAUGUAGAUGUUGUAAAUGAAGUUCCAGUGUUGACUCUUUCGAAGUAUUUUCAUUCACAAAGCCAUUCAUGUUCAAGUUUAUAGACGAAGGUUCGUGAGCUGUACGUAAUUACACACCCUUCUCAUCAAUAAGGACCUAACCCUGACCUGUGACCGUUUUUGUACUCCAGUCACUCGGCUUUCGUAGCUCCUUCCAUAAACAUAUUCUAAUAUUCUAUUUUUCGGACGUGUAAGACUUUUGCGGCUUUUUUACAGACUGGGGGGAAAAAAUGGGUACAAUACCAGACGGAUUUGUAGGUCUUUUUUUUGAGUUUUAAAUAUAUUGUGCUAUAUCUCCUUUAUUCCUUCUCAUGUAUUUCUGUCAGAAGGUGUUCUGGCUUUUAAGGUUGAUUAAAUUUUAGUAUGUUUUCACUGUA